CAUGUGAACACAGAAGUGGGGGGAGGAGAGAAUUAAAAAAAAUAAAGGGAUCUACAGAUUCAAUCCAACAUCACCAUCUUUCUCAUCCUCUGCAUCUAGCAUCACUCCCAAGUAGACAGGAGAACAGAGGAGAGAGAAACGACCAUUUGCAUCCCGCAGGAGAAGGGGAAAGGCGAUGAGAGGUGUCUAGCGAUUAAGACAUGAUACAUUAAAAACAGGACGGUGGAUGGAAGAUUAAUCCAGCAGUCAGAGGAGGACGCGACUGGCCGAGUGUCACCCAGAUACAGAACCGUCAUCACCAGGCUGUCCAAAGACUAUCCAUUUUUUUUCUUCACUUUUUGCAUACAUUUCAUGGAAAGGGUUUUUAUCAUUAAUUAUUUAAAGCAGUUGAUUACAUUUCUACAGGAAAAUACGCCUGGGUAUGUAAGGAAGACGGAAUAAAAGGCAUUAGGCAAUUAGUAUUGAAGAAAUACAUCGGGGUGUCGCAUGCUUAGGAAAUUAAUUCCCUGGUUUAUAUAUCAUAAAGGAAAGAAAUCGCUUUUUACUGCUAGAGAGGUCAUUGCGAGAAGAAAACGGUUAGCAUUUGGUAGAUUGAACGGUAUAAAGAGACACAAAGAGGAAUACAUGCCCGCUUAUGAUUAUCCCUGUUAGGCAAUUUAUAUAAAAUAAUUUCUUAUCGACGGUGGGAAAAUACAAAUUAAAUUCUCGUGGCUUAUAAGACCUUCGGUUUUCGUAUUUUUUUUUUAUAGCAGUACCCUGAAACGGUAGCCAAAGGACAGCCGUUAAAAUCGCGAGAGAGAUACCCAUUUCUUGGUUAAACCGCUGUUUCCCUGCUGCGAGAUUAAUUCUUGAGGUUGUAGCUCCGGAAAGAAGAUGUCGGGGCAGACUCUGACGGAUCGCAUUGCCGCCGCUCAGUACAGCGUUACGGGAUCAGCUGUUGCCCGAGCUGUCUGCAAAGCCACCACUCAUGAGGUGAUGGGACCCAAGAAAAAACACCUGGACUACUUGAUCCAGGCCACCAAUGAGACAAACGUGAACAUCCCCCAGAUGGCAGACACGCUGUUUGAGAGGGCAACGAACAGCAGCUGGGUGGUUGUGUUCAAAGCCUUGGUCACCACACAUCACCUGAUGGUCCACGGCAAUGAGAGAUUUAUCCAGUACUUGGCUUCUAGGAACACACUGUUUAACCUCAGUAAUUUUUUGGACAAAAGUGGUUCCCAUGGGUAUGAUAUGUCAACAUUCAUCAGACGCUACAGCAGAUAUUUGAAUGAGAAGGCAUUUUCAUACCGACAGAUGGCAUUUGACUUUGCCAGAGUAAAAAAGGGUGCUGAUGGCGUUAUGAGAACUAUGACUCCAGAGAAACUUUUAAAAGGAAUGCCGAUUUUACAAGGACAAAUUGAUGCACUGCUAGAAUUUGAUGUUCACCCCAAUGAAUUGACAAAUGGUGUAAUCAAUGCUGCUUUUCUGCUCCUUUUUAAGGAUCUUAUUAAGUUAUUUGCGUGUUACAAUGAUGGGAUCAUUAAUUUAUUAGAGAAAUUUUUUGAAAUGAAGAAAGGACAGUGCAAGGAAGCACUAGAGAUUUACAAGAGGUUCCUGACAAGAAUGACGAGGGUGUCGGAGUUCCUUAAAGUAGCUGAGCAAGUAGGGAUUGAUAAAGGUGACAUUCCUGACCUGACCUAUGCUCCCAGCAGUCUCCUCGAGACCCUAGAACAGCACCUUAACACAUUGGAAGGCAAAAAGGCAGGAAAUAAUGAGGGAUCACCAAGUAAGGGAUCUCCAACUGCUGCAUCCCCACCUUCCACUCCAGCUAAAACCACUGAUGUGGCUCCUGUGGUCGAUCUUUUCUCCUCCCCAUCGUCAUCAGCUGCAGCUUCCAGUGCAGCCAAGCCAUCCAGCGACCUGCUGGACCUGCAGCCCGACUUUCCUGGGACGACGCAGCCGGCCGGAGCAGCUGCAGGGAUGUCGGCUUCCACAGCCUCCAGCGCGUGGGGAGACCUGCUUGGGGAGGACACUCUGUCAGCUCCGGUCCCUGUUAGUGCCUCCGAGACACUCCUUUCUGACCCCUAUGCAGUAGAAUCCACCCCCGCCCCCUCUACUUCUGCCGCGCCCACUUCCGCUGCGCCCGAGACUGCUCCAGCUCCUGCUCCCGCUCCUGUCGCGGCUCCCACUCCCGCGGCAGCGGUGGCACCUCCUGCGCCUGCUGCAGCCGCCGCCGGGGACGUGGAUCUCUUUGGAGAUGCGUUUGCCAGCUCUCCUGGGGAAGGCCCCGCGGUGGCCGAGGGGGCCGCCACACCAGCCGCUCCCACUCCUGCGGCUGCAGCUCUCGAUGCAUGCACUGGAUCUGACCCCUUUGCACCAUCCGAAGGUAGUGCAGACGUUGCACCAGAACUGGACCUUUUUGCUAUGAAGCCAGCUGAGACCAGCGUUCCAGUAGUUACCCCUACAUCUAGCACAGCUCCAAGUGCUGUCCCUGCAGCUCCCACUCCUACCACCACUGCUACUUCCACUCCUGCCACCACAGCUGCUCCUCCUGCUCUAGAUAUCUUUGGUGAUUUAUUUGAUUCUAUGCCUGAGCAAAAUGCCUCCACAGCUCCCAAACAGGAUGCUACACCUAGCAUAGACCUAUUUGCGACAGAUGCUUUCUCGUCUCCUCCUCGCGUACCUUCUCCUUUGCCUGAGAGCAGCCUGACUGCUGAUCUCCUGUCUGUGGACGCAUUCUCUGCACCAACUCCAGCGCCAGCAGCGUCUCCUGCCAAGCCUGAUGCUGCAGGUGUGCUCGACCUGUUUGGGGAUGCUUUUGGAAGCUCUGCUGCCGAGUCUCAGCCCUCUGCCCAGGCUGCUCCCAGUGGCCCAUCAUCGGCUGACCUGCUGUCUGGUUUAGGGAGCGGGUUCAUGGCCCCCAGCCCUGCAGGACCAGCUCCAGCGGCAGCAGUCUCGGCUCCAGCCCAGAACAACCUCUUGCAGACCAACUUUGACGCGGCUUUUGGCUCAACACCAGCAGCACCCUCCGGUAGCUCUUUUGAUGCUUCAGUUUUUGAUGGAUUAGGGGACCUCCUGAUGCCGACCAUGACGCCCCAGGGCCAGGUUUCCAUGGGUACCCCCAUGGGGGGAGCGCAGUCAAGUAAAGUCCUCGGUGGAGACCUGGAUUCUUCCUUGGCAAAUCUUGUUGGAAAUCUUGGAAUUUCUGGGACACAAAAGAAAGAUCUUCAGUGGAAUUCAGGUGAAAGGAAACUGACAGGAGGAGCAAACUGGCAACCUAAAGUAGCACCAGCAACCUGGGGUGCACCUGGGGCUCAGAUGAAGUGUUGGUUCUUCUCUUGUUAUCCCAGCCCCUCUCCUGGGACCGGGCCCCCCGUGGGUGGUGUGCCCCCUGUUGGAGCAGUACCACCAAUGGGCGCUGUCCCUCCACAGCCUGGGUUCGGGAUGCCACCUGCUCCCGGGGCUGGUGCUCCAAUGAUGCCCCAGUCGUCUAUGAUGUACCCCCAGUCCAUGAUGAGGCCGGCAUUCGGGGGAACCGGCGCACCACUCUCCCCAAGCCCUACACCUGCAACUCAGAGUCCCAAAAAACCUCCCACGAAGGACCCACUUGCAGAUCUAAAUAUCAAGGACUUCCUAUAAGCCUAUAAGCUGCUGUUUUCUGGACUCCGUGAAAGUGUCAGCUUGGUGUCUGUAAUCAAUCGUUGAUACCUGGAAGCUCCUAGCUAGCCACCAAUACAAAAUUCCAUUCAGACCUUUUCUCCUAACUGUAAAAUGUUGUAGCACAACUGUGAAAGUGAACCAUAGAAAUGUGUGCUUAUCUUGAUGUAUUCCCUUACCUAAAGAAAUGUGUAUUUUAAUCCUUCCUUUUUAAGUGUUUGCGAAUUUGAACGAUGGAUGUAUGUUACCGAUGCCUUCUCGUGCUUCUCUGUACCUCUCACAAGGUUGCAGGUAUGCAGCUGAUACGUCGUGAGCCAUUUGGAGAAAUGUGUAUGUGUAUUUUGGAAGGUUUUCAGUGUAUAUAGGUUCACCGGCAAGUCCAAGGAUUUUCUUUCUAUCCUGUAUAUCUGUUAAGAGCGUAUAGUUGUGAAUCUGGUAUCAAGCUGUAUAAAAAUGUGACCAUACCCGUUAGCUCCUGUCCUUAAUCUAACUUAUUUGAGAAACGUUAUAUAUAAUUCUAUUUUAUCUGCAGGCUUCUGAAACCCAGAGCACCUCCUGUGUUUUUUUUGAUUGUUUAUUUUUUUCGGUAUAUUGUGUUUCAUGCUAAGAAUUAUUUCUAAUUCAAAGCAUUGCUUUAUGGAAGUUGGCAAACUACCAUAUCUAUUUCAGGAUAUUUUAUCUACAGAUUACAUAUUUAUCUUUAUUCUUAUGUUUGAAAAAAUGUAUUAUAUUUUCGUUAUUUCCAUAGAUUUGGGGAAUCUAUGCAUUCCCUGCAUUAAGUAUGAGGCAGUGUUUAAUCAAACUCUUUAUGUCAAAGGGCCACGCUCUCCUGGCAUCCUGUGAAAUUAAUGAUCUCAUCCCCUGACUCCCACACAAAAGAGGAUCAUUAGGUUACAGAGUAAUGUUUGUCUUGGAAUAAGCACUUCCUACAGCAGUGAACAAUUGUGUUUGAAUUUCAUAGUUGCUAAUGUUUUAUCAUCACCAAAUGGGGGUGCGUAGUGUUAUUUUUGUAUUACCUAUAAAAAAUAGGGUUUGUUACUUUGCCUCCAUGAAAGCAUCCCCUGUACCCUACCUGUUAAUGUGUGUUUUCUGUUGCUUCAGUGUUUACUUUUCCUCCUGGUGACAGUGGUGGUAGCACUGAUGAAAGUCGUCAUGCAUACAGAUUUCAGAAGGAGAUCACUGUUGAUCAGUGUUACUUUGUCUUUUAGGCUUGGCAGCUCUUUAGAAGCAGUGGAAUCUGUCUGACUGUAGCUCCUGUACACUCUCGGAAUUAAAUGGGUAAUCUGUGUAUUGUACCAUUCCAAGUGACUGUAUCGACAAUUGUUGUGAGAACAAUGGAUAAAAAAGCAAAAUCUUUUAAUUUUGUUUAAAAUGGCUUUUGUUUGAUUUUGAUUAAUAACCCCAGUGCAUGUAUGCCCUUUGAGAUGCAAUAAAUUCAUUGAACUUAAAGAA